CAGUCGGGAGUGGAGCCGGUCGACCCCGAAAAAGGCCCAGAGUGGGUCUACCCCUUCCAAGAUCCCCAGAUCGGUUCGGCUAUGCUACGGCCUGCAGGAGCCGGAGUGUCCCCCGCUCCCUCAAUUCCGUUCCCAGUCACGACCGCGCAGCCGUCUUCACCUCCCAGCAUGUUCAGCAACCUGGGCUCUUUGAUGCUCGACGGCGCGUUCUUCGUCACCGACGUCGUCCCGCGGCAACUCUACCUGCACCUCCUCCUGC